AUGUACUUAUAUAUAAUAAUAAAUAAAUCUUUAAAAGAGAGAGAAAGAGAGAGAGAGAGAAAGAGAGAGAGAGAGAGAGAGAGAGAAAGAGAACUCAGUCACCGCUCACCACAUCAGUGCAGAACCAAGCUCACCACAUCAGUGCAGACCCAACAAGCUCCCUCCCAUCGGCGAAGCACAAGAGGCUUGAUGGGUACUCACCGGGCCAAAGGCUGAGCUCUCGAGCUCGUGGUGAGAUGGUGUCUUGCUGGAACCUCCAGAAAACUGUGGAUCUUAUUAAGAACACUCACUUGAGAAUGUGAUAUUGAUUCUGAGCUAACUAUAACUAGAGUCAACCACCAUUGGCUGGAUCUAAUAACAGGAAGAACCACCCUGUUUAAAGGAAAACGAAGAAGUCACGGAAUCACGCUCUGCAGACCUGCUUCUUUAAACUGCCCAUUGAAUUGUUGCUAAACGUGUUUAUCAGUUAUCACCGAUACUGCGCUCUGCGGGCUCCACUGGGUCAGUGGGCACCAAGCCAGAGGUUUAGAGGUGAUAGACCAGACACUCCCUGUCUCUUCCCCGGGAUAGGACCUCAUUUGGCCUCCUUCCUCGGGACAUCUGAUACCAGAUAGAUUGCUCUAAGGUGCAACAGAGCAAAUCAUAAGGUUAGUUUGAAAAGAUUUGGGCUCCUCUACCUAAGCCUCAAAGCCUCUCGCCCUCCACCUCCCAAAUUUAUGGGCUCUAGAUGCCGGCUAUCCUUAGAUGGUACCACUCCGGGUUAACCAAAGGGAAGCGAACUCUGGAAUUCAGGUGCAGCACCCUGCCUCCCCACAACCUCACGGGGGGAACCUGAUGACCCUGGCUUUGAUAAAAACUUGUACAAAAGACUGUGGGGGACCCGUUACCCACCGGCUUCUGUCCGCAGCUCGCCUGCCUCCUGGAGUCAGAGAUGAUGUCCUGGGUCCAGAGUGGAGACCUCUACCCUGCGGGCUCUUGUCCUUAAAUCAGCUGAGCUCAGUGACAUCGCACGGGGCGGGGCACUGUGCAGAAAACAGUCCUGUUCGCGUGGACCAGGAAACCCCAGUGCUUCCAGUAACCUCAGUUAACUUUAAGAAAGAGGAGGGCGUUUUUCUUCUUAUUUUUCACUUUGAUGAAGGGGCGUUAAUAGUUCUUAUGGCCACUCGGGGAAGGAAACCUGGCGCAAUCCCACGUUCCCCAAACCUCCCCGACCCUACCUGGCCCUUCUCAGGACACUUCAGACUCCACUGCUCCAGGGUCCCUCUCCUCAGUGCCUGGAAGUCCCUUGGUAUCCUCGGUUUCUGCUGGAACCCUCAGGUCAAGGUCUUCAGCUUACUAAGGAGAGCGAACUUCAGGAUAGUGGGUCCGUGGAGGCAUCAGGAAGAACAAGAGGCAGAAAAAUCAAAGCUCUCCUUUGUCUCCACUUCCCAAACAUGCGAGAUUGUUGAUACCCCCAGCGCCCCCCUUCUCCGUUUUCCUCUCCCUUUACCCUCCUGUUCCUGCAGGGCAAGUGGCUGCUUGGGGACUGAAGAAGGGGACAGGGUAGUUCGCAAGGAUCCAGAGCAGGAUAUGCUGCAACUGGGGGUGAGGGUAGAGGCGGAUGAGAAACGAGCUCCCAGGGGACUGACUCCAGCCUAGAUUUCCCGACCCCGUGACACUUGGAACUCCUAAGCAUUCCUCCAGUCCUGAAGCCAACUGUCGCCUUUCCUGUCCUUCUUUGUGCUUAAUAUUCUGGCAAGUCCGUAUUUCUCUUACUCUUUACAACAACUCAGGCAUGGAUACCCCCAAAACCCCUGGAACUGGGGGAACAAAUCAGGUCCCUCUCCUCCCCAAUAGACUAAAGAAGCAAGCUGAAGGAAGCGGAAGGGGGCGGGAAAUCUAAAGAGAUUUAAAGCCAUUAAUAAUCCCUCUAUUAGUUAGGUCCUCAGCUGCCAGCAUUUUCUCUUCUCCUCCAGUCAACAUGACACAGCUGGAGAGUGCAGUCAGUAAGUCCAGAUCCAUGAAAAGCCCAAGGAUGUCACAGAGAGAUUCAUGUUGGAUUCUGUAGCCUUGUGACUGAUGACACUUUGGGAUGGGGGUGGGGGGCACGGGAAUGGGGACCUGGCGACCACACCCUUUUAUGCAGCCAGGAGCAUAAAGCUUGGUCAGCCCUUUUACAUUUUCUCUUUGAAAUCCAGAUAACUGGCUUAUAAUAUUCCCCUUUAAGCAAAGAUACGUUUAUCACACUCCAUAUGUGUUCACGUACACACAUAUGUACAGCUAUAUGUGCACAUGUGUGUUUAUACAAGAAGGCCAGAGGACAUUUCACCUGCCAUUCUGUAAACACCAUCUACCUCGAGUUUUGAGACAGGCUUUCUUUCUUUUUU